AUGGUCACGAUCCUCGACGAGAAGCAAGCCGCAAUGGCUGACGAACGCACCCCGCUCAUCGCCGUCGUGCCCGUCGGAGAGCGCCCACCACGAUACCCCAACCACACCGUCCGCCGCGUCUGUACAUACAUUCUCGCCAUCGUUCCCGCCAUCGUUCUCGGCGCCGUGCUCGCCUCCAUCUUCAUCCUCCCUCCAUACUACCCAGGCGACAAGGCAGUCGCCAACGACGAGUUUGCCUACGUCAGAAGUGGGGGGCAUAGUCUGAGCAGGGCAUGGCCUCUGAGCGAUGGCUUGAAAUUCGAGGAGCUGGAGAAGAUUCUCCUGACCGAGCCCAGUGCUGAGAAGGCUCGCGAGUACAGCAAGUACUACACUUCUGGCCCCCAUCUGGCUGGCAAGAACAUCAGCCAGGCCAUCUGGACCAAGGAUAAGUGGUCAGAGUUUGGCAUCCCCAAGGUCGACAUCGUAGCCUACGAUACCUACCUGAACUACCCGCUUGGCCACCGCCUGGCCCUUCUUCAGAAGGACAAGGAGGCCAAGAGGGACACCGAGAAUGUCGAUGCCUGGAAGGUGGCGUACGAGGCAAGCCUGGAGGAGGACGUCCUGGAGGAAGACCCCACCAGCGGCCUCGAGGACCGUAUCCCCACCUUCCACGGUUACAGUGCGUCCGGAAACGUGACUGCCCCCUACGUCUAUGUCAACUACGGAACCUACCAGGAUUACGAGGACCUGAUCAAGGCCAAUGUCAGUCUGGCGGGCAAGAUUGCGCUCGUCAAGUACGGCGGCAUUUUCCGCGGCCUCAAGGUCAAGCGCGCUGAGGAUCUGGGUAUGGUUGGCACCGUCAUCUACUCUGACCCUGGUGACGAUGGAGAGGUCACCGAGUUGAACGGCUACAAGGCCUACCCCGAGGGUCCCGCCAGGAACCCCAGCAGCGUUCAGCGCGGCAGCACUCAAUUCUUGAGUUUCGCCCCUGGUGACCCCACCACCCCCGGUUACCCGUCUAAGCCUGGUGUUCCCCGUGGCGACGUCAAGGGCAAGAUUCCUUCGAUCCCUUCCAUUCCCAUUUCUUACACGGAUGCUCUGCCGCUCCUCAAAGCCUUGAAUGGCCACGGCCCCAAGGCCGAUGACUUCAACAAGUACUGGAAGGGCGGCGGUCUUGGCCACAAGGGUGUCGAGUACAACAUCGGCCCCUCCCCUGACGACCUGGUCAUCAACCUGGUGAACGAGCAGGAAUACGUCACGACUCCUCAGUGGGAUGUGAUCGGCAUCAUCAACGGCACCAUUCCCGACGAGGUCAUUGUUCUCGGCAACCACAGAGAUGCUUGGAUUGCAGGCGGUGCUGGCGAUCCUAACUCCGGUUCUGCUGCCUUCAACGAGCUGAUCCGCGCUUUUGGUAUCGCUCUGUCCAAGGGAUGGAAGCCGCUCCGCACUGUCGUCUUUGCUAGCUGGGAUGGCGAAGAAUACGGCCUCAUUGGAUCCACUGAGUGGGUUGAGGAGUACCUUCCAUGGCUGUCCGCAUCCGCUGUCGCCUACAUCAACGUCGAUGUCGGCGCCACUGGCCCGCACUUCGGCGCCUCGGCCGCGCCUCUGCUCGACGGCGCCCUCAUCGAGGCGACGCUCAAGGUCCAGAGCCCCAACCAGACCAUCGCGAACCAAACCGUUGGUGAUGUCUGGAACCAGCACAUCAACACCAUGGGCAGCGGCUCCGACUUCACCGCCUUCCAGGACUUCGCCGGCAUCCCGUCGGUCGACCUGGGCUUCAAGCCCGACUCCAAGAGCCCCGUCUACCACUACCACAGCAACUACGACUCGUUCGCGUGGAUGGACAAGUUCGGCGACCCGGGCUUCGCAUACCACGAGACCAUCGCCAAGAUCUUCGCCGUGCUGGCGGCCAAGCUGAUCGAGUCGCCCAUCAUCGACUUCAACGCGACCAACUACGCCGUCGGCCUGGAGCGCUACCUCAAGUCGGUCAAGGACAAAGCCGCCGAGGUCGCCGCUUCGGCCGACUCCAAGGGCGUCGACGAGUGGGACAUUGACACUCUGUUCGCGCAGAUCCAAAAGGCCAUCGACCGCCUGCACUACGAGGCCGGCCGCGUCGACAAGAAGGCCAACGAGCUCCGCCACGAGAUCGCCCGCCACCCCAUCCCCUGGUGGCGCUGGUGGAAGAAGAUGGAGCUCUACCACAAGGUGCGCGACGUCAACCUCAAGUUCAAGUUCCUCGAGCGCCAGUUCCUGUUCGCCGGCGGCCUCGACGGUCGUCCGUGGUUCAAGCACGUCGUCUUCGCGCCCGGUCUGUGGACUGGCUACGCUGGCGCGACUUUCCCCGGCCUCGUCGAGGCGAUUGAGUUUGGUGAUAAGGCUGCCGCGGAGAAGUGGGCGGGCAUCAUCAAGGGCUUGAUCUACAAGGCGGCUGGAAGCUUGAAGCAUUAG